AUGGACUACCCACGCCCGCCCCAGAACGGUUCGUGGUUCGCGCCGCUGUCCAUCGACUUGCUCGUCAAGGUCUUCAAGGUCACCUUCUUCCACCCCUUCAUCUCCUGGAUCAUCCCCCUGUGCUUCCGUGCCCAGGCCCGGCCCUGGGAUGACCCGCUCAUGGUCGGCGCUAUCGUGUGGGCGGCCUUCAUCACGCUGUGCUGGAUGGCCAAUGUGAUCGACCAGCGCAUUGCAUACGGCUUGCCGCGCGAGGUCGACCUCAGUGAGGAGGUUAUCGUCAUCACCGGCGGCGCCAGCGGCGUGGGUCUCCUCAUCGCCGAGGUCUACGGCAUGCGCGGUGCCACCGUCGCCGUCCUGGACGUCAACGAGAUGGAGAACGGCGAGGCGAGGGGCGUCACGUUUUACAAGUGCGACGUCACGGACAAGGCGCAGGUCGCGAGGGUCGCGGCCGAGAUUGAAAAAGACCUCGGUGCCCCCACUGUCCUGAUCAACAACGCCGCUAUUGUCAAGGGCAAGUCCCUCCUGGACCUCGAGUUCGAGGACAUUGACAAGUCCAUCACCACGAACCUCACGGCGCACUUCUACACCCUCAAGACCUUCCUCCCGCCCAUGAUCCGCGCCGGCAACGGCGGUACCAUCGUAACCAUGUCCUCAGUCCUCGGUCACCUGGGCGCCGCUUCUCUUACGGACUACACAGCCGCCAAAGCCGGCGUUACUGCCCUGCACAAGUCCCUGACCGCCGAGCUCGCCACUUCUCACCCGGAUAUCCGUACCAUCCUCGUCGAGCCGGGCCAGCUGUCAACGCCGCUCUUCUACGGCGUGCAGACCCCGCACGCCUUCAUCGCCCCCAUCGUCGAGCCCGUGGACGUCUGCAAGGAGAUCAUCGCCGCUAUCGACGCGGGGCGGAGCGCGCACGUCGCUAUGCCUCUAUACGCACGGUGGAUUCACUGGUACAACGUGCUCCCCCCCUCGGUGCAGCAGCUUGCGAGAAAGUUGGCUCGCGUGGACACGUCAAUGCAAACGUUCAUCGGAAGGCAGGAGCGCGGGAUGAGUGAGAAGAAUGGGAGACUUAUUUGA